AAUUUGUAGAAAUAAUGACUGUUCAUACUAUACAGAUAAACAGUGUAUCAGAUUAAUAAGUAAUUAAUUGACUAAUCAUGUGCCGAGAGCCCGUGACCGCACACGCGUCUACAUUCGCCGAAUCAUCGUCUUUAUCACAAAGAGAAUCGCCGAAUCGAUCCACCCGAGCCAAAUAAUCGAAUAAUAAUCGUAUAAACCAAAUUAUUCGAUUGUUCUAAACCCACAGCUCUGUGGGUGGGCAAUCGAUUGCUCGCUUUGAUAACUAAAUGGGUAAUUACACGUCACGUUUUGUGUUCUACUAAAUAAUCUCGUUAUUUUGAUAGUCAAUACUGUAUAUUGUCUAUAAUUCCUUUGAGAUUCUAGAUAACCUAAUUUGGCAUCGAAAUCAUAUAAUUACAGAUAAAAAUAUACUCUUUCAUCUUUCAUAUUUUCUGAAUUCUCAUCCAUUUCAGACACACUGACAAACUCUAUUUCAAUAUCAAAGUGUUUCUUAGAACAAAAUGUAAAUCACUUAAGUCCUGUUUAAGAAGCGUCCAAAGAGGAAAUAACUCAUAGACCGCAAUAACUUUAAAAAGCAAUUCAUAAACAUCAAAUUGACAGUCAACAUGUUAUUAUUCCAACCCAAAUGAAAGGAAGAGAUUUGUUUUUUGAGAUUAUUGUUAAAAAUGCCGGGGCUCCUAACGAAAGUGCGCCAUCUCCCGGGGCAGUUCCCCCUGAUCCGGGGCAUGGUGUCGUACGCCAUCAUCUGGCCGACCUGCAGCAUCACCCAGGAGUACCUCGAGCACGGCACCACCAUCGAGCACGCGGACUGGGCGCGCGCCGCACGCUUCGGCAUCUUCGGCGCCUUCUUCAUGUCACCUGUCUUCUACGGCUGGAUGAAAUACACAAGCCGGUUCUUCAAGAAGAAGAAUCUCAUGUCAGCGAUCACUAGAGCCGCGAUCGAGCAAGUCUCGUACUCACCGCUUGCUAUGGCUUACUUCUUCUUCGGGAUGAGCGUCUUAGAAAUGAAACCGAUAAAGACCUGCGUGAAUGAGGUGAAGGAGAAGUUGUGGCCGACGUACAAGAUCGGCGUGGUGUUCUGGCCGACGGCGCAGACGCUGAACUUCUACUUUGUGUCGGAGAAAAACAGGAUUAUAUUUGUAAGUCUCGCGAGUUUCGUGUGGACUGUCUACCUGGCGCAUAUGAAGUCCAUGGACCAGCGAAAUGCUCACAAGUCGACAGUUGAAUGAGGUGCUUAUUUAUUUGUAUCUGUAUGUCGUAUUUUAUUGUAAGCUUUCUUUAUUAUAUUCCAAUGUGUUAUUUAUGUGAGAAGUUUUCGUGUUUUUAAUAUUCUUAUUAAUGUAAAAUAUGGGAAAGGCAGAUUUUGCAUGUGAGUAUUUACUUGAAUGGAUUUCGGUGAAAUUGUCAGGAACUUCUUAAUAAAACUGCAUAGCGAUAUAUCUAUACAAGAAGACAGCACGCCACCUACCUAAUUAAAUAGCGAGGAGACGAGACGAUGAUUUUAAGCUAUUAUUUUAGAGCUGAUUGGAGUAAUCUAGUGCGUACAUAGAACUCAUUAAAAAAUGACCAGAAUAGAGAUACCACACAUCGCGUCAACCAAUGGUCCGUAGACUGUUUUUGGAUAGCUUAAAAAAACCCCUCUUCUAA